CUGAGCUCGUGCGGCGCAGAUGGAGACGUCAGUGUUUAUAAAAGGCGCAGAGGGGCUCCUCUCAUUUCUGCGUCAGUGCGUUUUAUUGGCUCUCACCUGAACAGGAAGACUUGACACAAGGCAAGCGGUGGAACAGCAUCCUCACCAUGUCAGGGAAUGCAGCUGAAGCAUGUUUUUCCAAGAAGAAUCAUCCAGAAGCUUUGGCUCUGGAGCUCACUUGCCCAAUCUGCUUGGAGCUCUUCUCUGAUCCAGUUUCUCUUCCCUGCGGACACAUCUACUGCUUAGCCUGUCUUCAGACAAUGGGAGAAGGCCUUGACAAGCACAGCUGCCCCGAGUGCCAGGCACAGUAUGAAGGAACCAAUGCCCUUUUUAGAAGUUUUAAAAUGUGCAGCAUCAUAGAAACCUACAAAGCCACUGCUGGGAGACUAAAACCCGGUGCAGACCCUUCUGAAGAAACAGUGAAGAGUCAUGAUGAGCCUUGUACAGAAGAAACUAGCUCAAAAGUGAGGCAGGAGGAGAGCUCAGACAGAAAUGAAAAAGAUGGAUUUCAAAUGGAGGCUGAAUCUAUCAAGCACCCUGCUUCUUCAGACCAAGAACAAGAAACUAGCAAAGGCAAGAAGGAAAUGGAGGAGCCCAAAUUCAGACUAGCAUCCCAAGUCACAGAUUUGAGUGUUAGGUUAGAGAUGGCAGAGAGUGUGCUUAGGAGAGAGAGGGAGCGGGAGUUGGAGGUGAAGGCUGAUAAUAAUAAGCUGAGGGAAAAGACAUCCAAACUUUUGGAGCAGAUUAAAGAUCUGACACAGAGCUACAGUGAACAGGUGAUGCAGCUAAUUGAAGAACAACUAGCUCCAGGUGAGGAAAGAAUAGGCCGUAGUGUCAGUCAUGCUGCCGAGCUGACAAAGCAGCUAAGACAGGCUGUACUCAUGGCAGAGUCGCUCCUAACGGAAGAGGAUGAGGCUGCAUUUUGUGACGAUCUUCAGACUUUACAACCUCGCAUUGCAGAUUUACUUGCCAAGCCUGUGGAAGAUGAAGAAGACCAGAUUGAAACAAAAACCAACAUGGCACAAGCCUGUCCCAAGCUGGAAAACAUGAACACUGAGCUGAGGGAACGAAUCGGAGAGAUUCAGCGCUCCCUUCGAAACACCCUUAACCCUUCAGAAGUGACCUUUAACCCAGAAACAGCCCACCCAAACCUAGUCCUCUCAGAAGACUUGAAGACUGUCACUUUCAGCGCCUCCAAAAAGCCCUAUCCUGCCUCCCCUCAGAGGUUCACCAGCUUCUUUCAGGUCCUCAGCACCCAGAGCUUUUUUGAAGGUGAACACUGCUGGGAGGUGGAACUGGAAGGUUCUCCUUGGAUCAUUGGCUUGUGCUACAGCAGGAAGCUAGAGCGCAGUGGGUUGCCCUCAGCUCUGGAGAGCAGCCGGAGUUCCUGGUGUCUAAUGUGGUUCAAUAAUCUGCUGACAGCCUUCGAGCAGGGUUACAACGUCCCACUGAAAAGGACCACGGUGUCGCGCAGGCUAGAGAUCAGACUGAGCUUUAAGACCCACAGGCUGAGCUUCUACAAUGUCAGCCCCAUCAGUGGAAAGACUCAUAUUUAUACGUUUAAGGCUAACCUGACUGAACCAGUGCACCUAGCAUACAGGAUGAUGUCAGGGAGUCCUACAGCACGUGCCAUCAUUCACUCGUGAUCUCAUCUAUAGUACAAAGGGGAAGUUUGGGUUUCCUUAAAAUGAGGUUUUGCCCAUAGCAAGUCACACCAAAUGAGAGUUCCCUUACAAGCAAUGUACUGAUCAGCUGUUUCAGCCAACAAUUUACAUCUCAACUUUUUUUUUUGCAAAAUAGACAGAUAGCUCUAUUAUGAGUUUUAUAUAGUUGCAUCCCACGUGUAAAUAUUUUAAGCAACAAAUGUUCAAAGAUAAUCCAGCUAACACAGCACAGUUAGGGCUAUAAAAUUUGUUAUGCAUCUUAAUUGUUCUCCUCUUUAGUGACCUUGUAACCAAAACACUUUGGUAUUAAUCAGAAAUUAGAAACUUUGGUUAACAAGAGAACCAAAUUAAUUUUAUUCUAGGGGACUGUUGUGGUGAAGAAGGACCUGAGCCGGAAGGCAAAGCUAUGGUCAUGAACUCUGGGUAAUGACCCAAAGAAUUAGAUUCUGAGUUCAAGCAGUUGAAGUGAGAUUCCUCAGGAGGGUGGCUUGGCUCACCCUUAGAGAUAGGUCGAGGAGCUCUGACAUCUGGAUGGAGCUUGAAGCAGAUCGGCUGCUCCUUCGUGUCGAAAGAAGACAGUUGAGGUGGUUCGGCUACAUGAUCAGGAUGCCUCUUGGACACCUCCCUGUGUACAUCUUCUGGGUGCACCCAACCUGAAGGAGACCGCGGGUUAGACAGAACUCACUGGAGGGGUUAUGUAUCUCAUCUGGCCUGGGAAUGCCUCAGAAUCCCCCAGGAAGACAUGGAACAUGUAGCUGGGGAGAGAGAUGUCUGGGUUGGACUUGCAGAGCCUGCUGCCUCUGCUACAUGGCUCUGGAUAAGGAAAGGAUAAAGGAUGUAUGGAGCUCAGACCCCACUUCAAAGCACUGAAUAAUCACUAUAAUAGAAAAUGUCAUGCACAGAAGAAUUACAAGCUAAUUAAAAGACUAAAACUGUAUCAGUCUGGUUAAUAUAAAGUCUAAAAUAGUUGCUGUGUUCCUCACAUUUAGUGCUUACAUAAAGAGCUACAACACAUCAUUCUUAAUUUUCCUUUGCAGCUAUGCACCUUGUAAUGCAUAAAGUAACUGUUAAAGAAACAAAAAAAUCUUUAAACAUUUCUUAAUGAUUUUGUUCUGACUUGUACAGUACUAAUGAUUUUUUGAGUAUGUGUUUAUUACUUUUUGGAGUGAUGCAGUAAUACAAAGUAGGAAAAAAGCUUCCCAUGUGAUAUAAACCAGUCAUAGACAAUUAAAUAGAUAAAAUAAAAGCGAUCAAAAAGACAGGUGGACACAUUAGUCCUUUAAAUGACUGAAGAUAACUACAUCCUAGAUCUUAUGUCUUCAUUGUAAAAUGCAGUGUGGUCAUGAUUUCUCUUAAAUGUUAAUCAUGUGUGAGUACAGAGUUAAUUUUCCAAACACCCCAGAUUAACUUUGUAACAGUCACUACUGCAAACAAAACCGCUAUUUUCCAUUCUGGCUGAAGAUUAGGAGCUUGUAGUUCUGGUAUUUUCUGAGUUAAUCAGGUUUCUAAUAUUUCUCGAGAGACUCACGUAACUUAAAAUGUGAUUUUCCUGUAUGAAUGAAUUUACGGUAUGACCUGAAGAAUGUAACUACUCAAUAAUUUGUUGGAAUGUAAAGAAACGGAUUAAAUAUAAAAAUUCUG